AUGUCAUAUAAAAAGAAUUCCGACGAGUCGAUUGCGGCCUUACUUGUAUCUCCAAAGAUCAAACACAUAUCGUUCAGAACUGGAAGCACUUCGUGGUUACAGUUUGCGAAGCUUCCAGUUUGGAAACCAGACCUGGCAUACGGAAAGCGGCCUACUGUAAAUGUUCUUCUAUUGAUUCUACAAAAUUUGUCUGAAGAGUUGAAACCACUCUUGCCAUUCAUCGCUGACGAGCCAAAUCUUAUCAUAAUCACGAAGCAGUUACCAUCUCAAUUAGCCGAAUUGCUAUUGGUGGAAUGGUGCCUUGCAGUGCCAUGCCCAGUCUCCCCAGACUUUGACUGUUGGCAUUUGCAACCGAGUGAAGCAAGUACGUCAAAUCAGUCGUGUAAAGAAGAUAUUGUAAUUGAAGCUGAGGAUGACGAUUUGGAUGAACCAGACUUACAGUCACAUGACAACGAAGAGGAUUCACAACGCACCCGUCACCCUUUAGCAAUGUUGAAGCGGUCCGUAGUCAACUUGGAAAUAUUUGAUGGUGCUAGACAAAAAAUGAUCAAUGUUUCAAUACCACAGUUGCGCUCAAGAUUUUAUUUGUAUGAUGAACUUCGAUCAAUAGCUAGGAUAUUGCAAUCGCUUAAGAAGAAAG